AGAUACUGCCUUGCCCCAGCAGGGAAAAUAUCUAUAGGUCAACGUCAACCUCGCAGGACCACUAUUGUAAUCCGAUUCCGAUGUGUUAUUCUCUUAUAUUCUUGUUAUUCACUUCAAACAAUCAUCAGAAUUCAAAGAAACAUCAUUUCCAUAUCUCCUAAUGGAUAGUACAAACGAAGACGCUCUCCGCAGAGAGCUGGCGGAGAAACAAACGGCGAUAGCGGCGCAAGCUGACGUCGUCAAGGAGCUAAAAGCGCAGGGAGCAGCGAAGGAGAUUAUCGAUGCCACUAUCGAAGCUUUAAAAGCAUUGAAAGCUGAGAAGGCCUCAGUCGAGCGGCGGCUCCAAAUUGUUAUUCUAAGCAACACCGCUUACCAAAAUGGCAACGCCUUCAUUAACAAAGAUGCUUUCCGUCAGGCUGUCGUUAAUACUCUGGAACGGCGUCUCUUUUACAUCCCUUCUUUUAAUAUAUAUGGCGGCGUUGCUGGGCUUUAUGAUUACGGUCCGCCUGGCUGUGGCGUUAAGUCUAACGUCCUUGCAUUCUGGCGUCAGCAUUUUGUGCUGGAGGAAAACAUGUUAGAGGUGGAUUGCCCAUGUGUGACGCCGGAAAUUGUAUUGAAAGCAUCAGGUCAUGUGGACAAAUUUACUGACCUCAUGGUCAAGGAUGAAAAGACGGGGAAUUGCUACCGUGCUGAUCAUUUGCUGAAGGAUUUCUGCAAAGAUAAGCUGGAGAAGGACCUUAGUAUCAGUGCUGAGAAGGCAGCAGAAUUGAAUCAUGUUCUUGCUAUACUAGAUGAUCUUUCAGCUGAAGAAUUAGGUAAUAAAAUUAAAGAGUAUGGCAUUACUGCUCCAGAUACCAAGAACCAACUCUCUGAACCAUAUCCAUUCAACUUGAUGUUCCAAACCUCGAUUGGGCCAUCUGGUCUGAGCCCAGGAUAUAUGCGCCCUGAGACAGCACAGGGCAUUUUUGUGAACUUUAAGGACUUGUACUAUUAUAAUGGGAGCAAGCUUCCUUUUGCUGCAGCUCAAAUUGGUCAGGCUUUUAGAAAUGAGAUAUCUCCACGACAAGGCCUCCUUAGAGUGCGAGAAUUUACACUUGCCGAGAUUGAGCACUUUGUGGAUCCUGAUGACAAGUCACACCCAAAAUUUCCUGAAGUUGAAAAUUUGGAGUUUCUAAUGUUCCCAAGGGAAGCACAAGUGUCUGGUCAAUCAGCAAGAAGAAUGCGCAUUGGUGAAGCUGUUUCAAGGGGCAUCGUCAAUAAUGAGACAUUGGGCUAUUUCGUUGGGAGAGUAUAUCUUUUCUUAAUAUGUCUUGGUAUUGGCAAGGAACGCUUGCGUUUCAGACAACACCUUGCAAAUGAGAUGGCCCACUACGCGACUGACUGUUGGGAUGCUGAGAUUGAAUGCUCCUAUGGGUGGAUUGAAUGUGUUGGUAUUGCAGAUAGAUCUGCAUAUGAUUUGCGCGCUCACACAGAUAAGAGUGGCGUUUCCUUGGUGGCACAGGAAAAAUUUGCAGAACCCAGAGAAAUAGAGGAACUUGUAAUCUCUCCAGUGAAAAAGGAGGUGGGUCUUGCUUUUAAGGGUGAUCAAAGGAUGGUCAUUGAAGCAUUAGAGGCUAUGGAUGAAAGAGAAGCUAUGAAAAUGAAAGCUGCUUUGGAGUCCCAUGGAGAGGUACGGUUCCGAAUUUGCACUCUUGAUAAGGAUGUGACAAUAAAGAAGAAUAUGGUGUCUAUUUCCAAGGAAAGAAAGAAAGAACAUCAGAGGGUUUUCACACCAUCAGUGAUUGAACCGUCUUUUGGUAUUGGGCGGAUUAUUUACUGUCUUUACGAGCAUUGUUUUUACACAAGGCCCAGUAAAGCUGGGGAUGAACAGUUGAAUGUUUUCCGUUUCCCUUCCCUUGUGGCACCUAUCAAAUGCACUGUGUUCCCACUGGUCCAGAACCCAGAAUAUGAGCAAGUUGCCAAACACAUCGCCAAGCUAUUGACUACUGCUGGAAUUUCAUAUAAAAUUGACAUGACAGGUACAUCAAUAGGGAAACGAUAUGCCAGGACAGAUGAACUUGGAGUACCGUUUGCAAUUACAGUGGAUUCAACUUCAUCGGUCACAAUAAGGGAGAGGGACAGCAAAGUUCAGAUCCGUGUUACUGUGGAGGAAGUAGCAAGUGUAAUUAAAGAAGUUACCGAUGGUCAAAGCACAUGGACUGACGUACUGUAUAAAUACUAUACUCCAGCGCCAGCACUUGUGUCUGAAGAGGAUGAAUGAAAUAUUGAGAUUUGAAAGUUCUAUACUUGAAUUUUGUAUCCGAUUCUGUGUAAAAUGACACUUUCGCGAUCCAAUUUUGCUAUACAUGCACAUGACAGCACGUGUUGUUGGAUUAGUCCUUUUAGCAGAAAGUAUAGGCUUUCGCAGUUAUGCCUUCUGUUUUGUCGUUA